AUUGGAAAUAUAUGUUACUGUUGGAUUUCUUUUAUUUAUCAGUUCUUUUAUUGUCCUCGUAAAAACAAUACCAACAUGAUGGGUUUUUGUGAAAACCAUUUUUUACAUAAGGGCAGAAAUUAGGCACAACUUCAAAAUAAUGGAAAUGGACCCUGAUAGAACAAUAAACAAUAUUGCAUCUUCAACAAAUUUGGGAAAUGAAAUAUGUGAUGAGUACAUAUGUAUACCUGAAGCUUCAACCCAUCUUAGUGUCACAACAGUAUUAAAUUACUGCAAGAAUAAAAUUUUGAAUCCUUAUAUGCGUUUACUAAGUUUUAUGGGUUUGAGACCGUUUAUGAACGAAGAACAGGAACCAUGUUUCUUUCUACGAUUAUUCAGCUAUAUCUAUACAUUGCAAGUUAUGGGAUUCAUGAUCAUUGGAUACUUUCUUCAGUAUAUGUCUUGUUUCCGUAGAGACAGAGGAUUUUAUUACAAGGCAAAAAGUAAUAAAUCAUAUUUGACCAACGAAUUGAAUGUUAUAUAUGAGCACACUUGUGACAGCUCGUUGAUUUAUAGUUUCAUUGUUCCUAGUGCAUUGCACCUUGUGGGAUACUUACAUGCUGUUGUUAUCUUUCGGAGUUCUGAUGAUGAUCAACUCCCAGUUCUCAUGGAAAGGGUAUUUCUAUCAUCUACAAAUUUAUCAAGUGGUUUUAUAAGCCAAAAGAAGCUGGUAAAAACUCUCUGGCUAUUUGUUGUAUUCAGUGUCAUUUGGGUGAUUUUGUCCCUAGUAUCAAUAAUUUGCAUGUUAGCUGAAGGAGAAAUUAGUUUUAAAUGGAUGGAAAAUAGUAAACCUUGGAUAAUUCUUAUGAUGAAAAUAUUGUUAGUGAUAUGUACAUUAUGGCAUGAUGUGGUUCAGGCUGCUGUAGUGUCAAAUUACUGUUUACAGGCACAGCUUUUAACUUUGUAUGUUCAAUUUUUAAGGGAAAAGUUACUGCAAUAUCCUGUGCAAGCCUUGGAAUGGAUGAGAGAGAUAGAGGAUUUUAAAAAAUUAUUAAAAUACUUAAACGAUGAGAUAGCUCCGUCAGUUUGUUUAUUCACUGUGGUUAAUUUAUCUUUUACUUUCUCUGGAUUAAUAUGGCUCUUUAGUUUUAAUCACAUUGAGAGAGAAAAGCUACCAGUUUUUGGUCUUAAUAUAUUAAACGUGAUCUUAUGGAUUUUUAUAUCGCUGGCUCCAUUUAUUCAGGGAGCAAGAUUAACAAAUUCCUGUGAUGUUUUAAAAAGUGUGGGCCAAGAAGUAAGAACUCGCCCUUAUGUACAUCAAGAGACACCAGCUUACGAAUUGGAUUCUAUUUUAAUGUACACAACCAGUUUAAAAAUUAAUGCUAGACUUUUCUCUUUGCCCAUAAAAGGGAAAUAUCUAUGUUUCUGUGGUAGUUUUGCCAUAGUUAUAAUUUUAAUACUAGGCCAAUGCCACUAUUUAAAUUAAACUGUAAAUAUAAAGUACAAAAUAAAGCUGUUUAAA